GGAAAGUGCAUCAGAAAUUGAAGCUGAAAAAGGCUGCGAAUGCCCUUUUCUUCUGAAGAUGGAUCGAUCAAAACAGCCAGAAGUUGGAGGUUUAGAAGCUUCAUUACUUCAACUGAUGCAUGCUCAUAAUCAAUCAUCAAUCCAACUCCGGGAACAUACAGACAAGGCAAAGAAAGAUGCAAUUGAAAUUGCCAAAAGGGUUUCUGCGCUUUUAGUUGAUUCGGUUGAUGGAGGUGUUCAAGAAGCCUUUAUCACGGAGAAAAGGAUAGAAAUGGAAAUUCGAGCAUUGACAGCUGCUAUUGUCCAAUUUGGGAAGCAGACUGAUCAGUGGCUAGCAGCUUCUCAUGCUAUCAAUACAGCAAUCAAGGAAAUUGGAGACUUUGAGAACUGGAUGAAGACAAUGGAAUUUGACUGUAAAAGCAUUAGUGCUGCAAUCUACAACAUUCACCAAUCAUGAGAUCACUAGGGGGACUUUAGACUUAAUGCAAUGACUUUGGCAAAGGAAAAUGAACAUCAUCCUUCUGCCACAGCAAAGUGUUAGCGUCAGUUUCUAUGCACUUCUAGUACUUUGCAUGAUGAGCCAUUUAAAUCAGCAAAGAGUUCGAGAGAUUCUUACAAUUGCCUGCCAAGCUUGUUGAAGCUAUUGCCUGAUGGUGGGAUAAUCUCAAUCUCUGGAGCAAGAGUGGCUUCCUGGAAAGCAUCAGAUCUACUUAUUCCUGCUUUUUUGGGGUUUGCAUGGUUGAUGAUUGCAAAGGAUCACUUAGUUCCAGAAUCGUACAUCUGAUGGGAUCACUUUAUUCCUGAGUUGAUAUUCAUGUUUACCUAUAGAUUAGUUUUCCGGUUUAUUAUAGGCAAAACAUUUUGGCUUAUUAUCUGCAUUUCAUCCUUCAACGAGAGUCUUAUUUCUAGUCAAUACUCUUUACUAUUAGUGUCUUUUCUUUCAAGAUGCCAAGAAUGGAUUUUUACUGUGAACCUUGCUUUCGUGGUUUUGUUUAGGUAGUUCAGAGACAUGAAGAAUCUCCUCCAGAGGAAGAGGUGCCUCAUUUAAGCGUUCCCAACUUCAAAAGAUCUGACAUGCUAUUUACUUUCAAGAACCAAGCGGCCAGAAUAUCUGAUCGUAAUAGCCAUGGUAUACAUGGACACGGUAGUUGUCUAGCACUUUCUGUUCAGUCCUCCAAUUCAUUUAUAAAAACAUCAUCCGCUUUGAGUUCUGGCUUUAUUGAAGAAGGGUCAGACAGAAUUUUGACAAAAAAUCAGAUGAUUAUAGACUACAAAACAAAAUAUCACAAGAUUCUUUGUCGUGUUCAAAUAUCCCAAGUAUUACGCGUCAAUACAAUCAGUUAACAUACACUUGAUGUAGGAAAUAUGGUGCCUAAUAAAUUAGCAAAACAAAAAUUGUUGCGAGCGAGAGGAUUCACUGGAAGAAGAAAAAUGGUUUCAUAUAUGUAAUUUGGCAUCUUAUUGCAACAGGCACCUUUCAAUUCCUUGCAAGUCUUGUUAGGAUUUUGAUGCUCAUGAUAAGGUACUUUCAUGAUGGAUUGUAGUCACUUUUUUAAAUUUAUCAUGUUCGGCCCUUGAUGC